AGGCCUCACAGUCCUGUCUGAAGCAGGAAGGGGCCAGGGCCACCAUUUGCCUAGUUUCAGAACUUUCAGUCUCUAGCUAAGCUUUCUGCCUAGGCAAUAGCAGCUGGGAGGAGCCAAAGCAUUCUGUCGGGGCCACACCCACUGGGAAAGACAUAAAUAGUGAGGUUCACAUCAGUCAUCAGAGCCACCUGCCUUCACCAUGAAGUCCAAGAGCCUCUUCUUCUUUGUGGUGUUUCUUGCCCUGGGAACUCUGGAAACUUUGGCUGUGGAACGUUCUGGAAAAAAAUCUCAGAAAGCUGGAGCCUGCCCUCCUAGAAAACAUGUCCUGUGUAGUAGAUAUGAGGAACCUGAAUGCAAGAGUGACUGGCAAUGUCCAGGGGAAAAAAGAUGUUGCAGUGAUUAUUGUGGAAUCAAGUGCCUGGAUCCUGUUGACAUCUCAAAAUCAGCGAGGAAGAAGCCUGGGAAGUGCCCAGUGGCCAAUGCUGAAUGUCUGAUGCUUAAUCCCCCCAAUUUCUGUGAGAAGGAUGGCCAGUGUGAGGGUAAAUUAAAGUGCUGCAAGGGCAUGUGUGGGAAAGCCUGCAUUCCCCCUCGGUAAGCUUGAUUCCUAUCAUCUGGACAAGACUCUGGAUUUGUGCUGUGUGGCUUGGGAAUGCCCUUUCUGUUCCCAAGUUUGUAUCCUGCCUCAAGGAUUUGGUUCCACCACCAACAUCUCUUUUCAACAAACUCUUGACACAUGGGCUUUAAAGAAAUAAUGUUGAUCAGUGAAUAAAUAAGUGAGCUUAUCUAUUUAUGUGCAUUCUGUUUUGUGAUUAAUUGAGAUGAGAGGCACCGAGGAAAGUCUGGAUCUGAGGCCUCCCUCUUAGGAUGUGGAGUACAAGGAAGAGGCUUGCUGGGAUGGGCAGCCUUGAAUUUAUAUCAUGGCUCUGAUAGUACUGGCCGUGUGGUAUUUGUACAAGUGACUUUAUCUUCUAAAUAUAAUUUCUUCAUCUGAAAA